AUUCUGCUGAAAACUGUAUAAAUUUUCAUUUUACGCCAUAAAACAUUUAAACAUUCAACAGGCCAUACAUUUUUGGUCAGCAAAAGUAAGUAUGGCAAUAAAGUUCUUAAAACUGUUAUUAAACAUCGAACUUGUUCGGUUUGCAAAUGGUGGAAACGAAAUAGACCUGGACAACAGGUUCGCAAUCACAAAUGUGUCUGGAAUCACAAAGGUUCAUCAAGACAGAUGGAGGCUAUGGCUGGGAUUCAGGCGAUAAAGGAGAUGAUGUCACAAAAGACACCAGUUGAAGUUAUUGAGGGUGAUGGAGACAAUACUGUGAUAUCGAGGAUUGAGAAUGAACUGGGUGUAAGAAUAAAGAAAAAACUUGACCGUAACCAUUGUGUUAAAAAUGUCACUAAACAUUUAUAUGACUUGAAGAAUAGUAAAGCCGCAAAGAUAAGCAAUCAGGUGAUUCAGCACUUCACAAAAUGUAUCAAGUACAUCUUCGCUAAAAAUCAAGGUGAUCCAGAUGGCAUGCGGGAAAACUUGGAAGCAUUAGUGCCUCACCAGUUCGGAGACCAUACCAAGUGUGUUCCAAGGUUUUGUGGAUACAAGAGAAGACCAGCUCAGACAUACUUGCAUCGAAGUUUACCGUACAAGACAUCACUGAGUGACCCAGUUUUGAAAGAAAAACUUGAUAAAAUCUUUGAACCUGUGAUUGCCAAAGCUACCUUGUAUAGUGAUUUAGGGUCCAGCCAAGCUUGCGAACAUGCUAAUCGAGCAGUCAGUUUACGAGCACCAAAACACUUGCAUUAUGGGGAAAGUCAAAGCCUUGACUUCCGUGUAAAAGCUACUGCAGCAUGUAUGAAUGAAGGUCGCAAAUACUUACCGGAGGUAGACAAGUUUGAUGUUAUAUUGAGGUGUUUGUUGAGUUUUGUUCAAUUUCCUGUUGUCAGUUUUGACCAUUUUUUGCAGCUUAUUUUUGAAAAUUAAUAUAUAUUACUAACAAAAACUCUUCGAUGAAUGUGUAUAUUUUCAAAGUAAGAAAACCUUAUUUACAUUAACUUUAGGCUAAUAUUUAUUGUUAUAAAUGAAAGGUGAAGAUA